AUGGCAUCUCAUGUAGUGCCAACUCUGCCCGUUCAAGACCCUUCCUGUGCCCAUGAGAGAAUCACAGAGGUAGAAAACUUCCACUCUGGGUUACAGAACUCAAUAACCUUUGAGGAUGUGGCCAUGGACUUCACCCAGGAAGAGUGGACAUUGCUGAAUUCUUCUCAGAGAAAACUGUACAGAGAUGUGAUGCUGGAGAACUACAGAAACCUGGCUUCGCUGGGACAUCAACUCAGCAAACCUCCUCUCAUCACCCAGAUGGAGCAGGAAGAUGACAUGGAGGCAGCAGAGAGAAGGACUCACCAAGACAGCUGUCCAGGUGAGCCGUGGUUGUCUGUGAAUGUCUUGCCUACCAGGUCUGGUUGGGGUGAGGAGGAGGUGCAUUAUGAGAUGGCGGAACAAACUCACAGAGGCAAUCCCACUAAAUGCAGUGAAAUUGUUGAAGCUUUGAGCAUGAAAUCUAGCAUUGCCCAGAAUAUGAGAAUUUUCCCUGGAGAGAAACCCCAUCAACACCUUGACUCUGAAAAACCCCUCAGAGAUUGUUCACAUCUUAAGCCACAUGGGAGAAUUCUUCCUGGGGAGAAUUCUUAUGAAUGUAAAAAAGAUAAAAAUGCCUUCACCAGGAGCCCUUACUUAGCUGUGCACGAGGGACAACACAGAGGAAAGAAACCCUAUGAAUGCAGUGACUAUGGCAAAGUCUUAAAUUCAAUCUCACAUCUUGAGAAGCAUGAAAAAAAUCACGUUGGAGAGAAAUCUUUUGCAUGUAGUCAGUGUGGUAAAGUGCUACAGAGCAACUCGUCCAUUAAGUUGCACAUGAGAACCCACACUGGAGAAAAGCCUUUCAAGUGUAAUCAGUGCGGGAAAGCCUUCAGCUCCAGUUCUUACCUUACACGCCACAGGAGGAUUCACACUGGGGAGAAGCCCUAUGAGUGCCAUCACUGUGGGAAAACCUUCAGAGACAGCUCACUUCUCAGGCAACACGCAGGUACUCAUUCAGAAGAAAAACCCUACAAAUGUAAUCAGUGUAGCAAAACCUUCAGUAGAAGCUCUAGGCUGUUGAUGCACCAGAUAACGCAUACUGGGGAGAAACCCUAUACAUGCAGUGAUUGUGGGAAAACCUUCAGUGUUCUCCCAUAUUUUAAAAGACAUAAGAGAAUCCAUACUGGAGAGAAAUCUAUUGAAUGUAGCCAGUGUGGAAAAGCACUAAGCAGUCAGUCAUCUCUUAAGACACACCUGAGAAUACAUACUGGAGAGAAACCCUACACGUGUGAUCAGUGCGGGAAAGCUUUUAGACUGAGCUGUACCCUUAUCACACACAAGAAGAUUCAUACUGGAGAGAGACCCUGUAAGUGCAAUGACUGUGGGAAAGCUUUCAGGGAUCACUCGUGCCUUAAAGAACAUGUGCGAAUUCACACUGGAGAAAGACCCUUUACAUGUAGUCAGUGUGGAAAAGCCUUCAGAGUGAAAUCUUUCCUUGUUUUACACAAGAAAAUUCACACAAGGGACAAGAAACCUUUUAAGUGCAGUGAGUGUGGAAAAGCUUUUAGCAGACAUGUGUCCCUUACAAUACACAAGAGAACACACACUGGGGAGAAACCCUAUGAGUGUGAUCGGUGUGGGAAAUCCUUCAGUGUAAAGUGUAACCUCAAUGUGCACAAAAGAAUACAUACUGGGGAAACCCUGUAAAUG